AUGUUUGCGUCGGCUCACUUCAUCGGCCUUCUAGCCAUUAUCGUCGCCGUCAACGCUCAGAUGGGAGAAGACGAAAAACCUUACAAGUACUUGGCCGUGGCCAUAGCAAGGCUAUCAUCCGCAGUGAACAGCAUUAACGAUAUCAGAGAUAAGCGGUCGUGCCACGCCGGGGCCGUUAACGACCCUGCAGGUUGGGACAUGCCGUUGUCGCUGCUUGCCAAGAAAAAGAUGAUGACCGUGGCGGCAUGUCACGACGACCUCAAGAACGCACACCAAUACUUCAGCGGAAGCUGCGCGCCGGGAUAUUGGGCAAACGACGUGUAUAAGCGGGGAAAUUACUCAGACAAGCUGUGCUCGCUCUGCGCGAAUACACAGCAAUGCACUGAGAGCGACAGCAACCACGGAGCAGAAGGCGCCAUCUCGUGUCUACGUAACAAGGGCGGUGACAUCGCCUUCACCACCGAUGCAGUUUUGGCUGGCAUCCAGGAUAUCGGAGACAGCGACCAAUUCCGCCUGGUCUGCACCGACGAUACCUCUGGAGGCACCAACCAACCGCUCUCGCAAGUCGAGAACUGCAACUGGGGACGCUACCCGACCCAUCAUAUCAUGACGUAUCAGUCACAUGGACAGAAGAAGGCAAUAGGAGACUCCUUAGCGGAGUUAUAUUUUUCCGCAAAGGGAACGAAUCAGCAGUUCGUCACCGCCCUGCUGGCAUCAAACGACAAUGACAAUCCCAGCGAUUCGAACGGAAACAAACUGCCGGAGAAGCUCAGCCUCGUCGUCCGGGAGCAGACCCUCGACGAUUUUCUCAUCCUGAUCAGCGACUACCUCUCCGACCCGUUCAUCGAUGCCAACGAGAAAGACUACUGCCCGAGCUCCAACAACGAGAAGGAGAUCAGCAUAUGCACGAUGGCGUCGAAGCAGGAUAAGCAGCAGUGCGAGGACCUGCGCGACGCGCUCGCCGUGCAGUACGUCAUGCCGAGCAUCAAGUGCGUCGAGAACAUCGACUUCAAGUCCUGUCUAACCGGCGUCGGCUCGGAGGGAGGUACCGACUACGCCAUCAUGGACGCCGGAUGGGCGUAUCAGGGCGGCAAGUGGCAGCACACGAGACCCGUCAUGAAGGAGAUGUACGGCGGCCAGGACCAGUUCAAGUCCGUUUUGGUCGUCAAGUCGACCAGAUCGGGCAAUUUCAACAUUCACGGCUUAAAGAAUAAGAAGGUCUGCGCGCCGUUCAUUGGCAGUGCUGCGGGCUGGCUGCAGCCGGGAAGACUGCUGAGAGACGUGGGACACUUCAGCCUCCCUGACUGCCAGCUAGACGAGAAGAUGGCCGCCUUCUUCUCCGGCGGCUGCGUACCGGGAGCGACCAACGGAAAUCUGGUCAAUCAUUGCCUCAACGGAGGCAUGAUGACCCAUGACGAGCAGUAUUUCGGCUUUGCUGGUGCUUUCAGGGGACUGGUCGAGGAUGCGUGCGAUGUAGCUUUCCUCAAGGACACGACAGUCGACGAGAACGUCGAUGGCAGAAACCAAGAUGAUUGGGCAAAGAAUUUGAUUAAAAGCGACUACAAGUACCUUUGCCGGGACGGCGGCGUCAGAGAUACGGGUGCUGAUUGCAACGCCGGUGUGACGCCGAGCAAUCGCCUGCUGACGUUUGAUCAGAAGUCGUACGAAGACAGGUGGAUCAUGAUAGAUCUGCUGAAGACGGCGCACGACUACUACUACACUACCACCAAGGACUCGGGUGAAUUCCAGCUGUACGGAUCGCCGUGCAAUACCACUGACACCAUGUUUACGGACAGCACCACCGAACUAGGCGAGCUCGCCUCCAACGCCACCUGGUACGAGGAUUUCCGAUACUUCGACAACGGCGAAUUCGUUCGAGCAUUAAAUGAAACCGAUCCCGAUGACUGCCGAGCCCCAUACGAACACGCAGUGUGUUGCUUCCGGUCGCCAGUCACCAAAUGUAACGGCGUACUUGGCGUGACGUAUAGCGGGUACCGGGUAAUGAGUAACGGUAGUGCAAAACGCAAAGCAAACACGAACUAG